CUGAUGGGUUAUUAUGCAUAUGCCGUCUACACUUCCAAGCCGGACUUCACCAGCAGCCAAACUUUGCUCUUCUACUUUACAGGCGCUGUGAUACAGAUCAUGCUCAUCGUGCAGAAAGGUGGCUUCCUUGUCUAUGACAACACCAUGUUCAAAUUCUGGCUCUUUGCGCGCGCUACCUGUAACCGGGGAGGAACCCUGAGUAUUGCUGACAAGCGUGGCGCGAAUAAGAUCGUCUCUGUGAAUCGCAUGGGCCUCAGUGUGCGCAUCUUUCUCUGGUCUCUGGUGAACGUCCUUACCACAACCUUCCUUGUUUUAUCGAUCCCGCUACUGUUGAGCACAGCAGAGACCCACUUGGACUUCGUGCUCAAUGCAGCAGCAAGCAUCUUCAUCAUCGAGCUGGAUGACAUUGAGCCUAAGAAGUGCGUUGCAAUUGAAGGUGGGAAAAGAAGGGCGCGGCCUGGUGCUGGGGAAUGCGAUGAAUCCCCAGCGUGACCCCCAUCGGGGAUCGCGGCCAGGCAGCGAAGGUCGGAGUGGGUGAUGGAGGCCUCCAGCGCGAAUGACGGGGCACGGACGGAGAAAAUGGGGCAGGGCGCGGGCCGAGAGGGAGAGGCGGACGAACAGGGGCAUUCAAAAGCGCGGAUGCAUGUGGGCGUCCUGGGCGGCUGGGCGGGCGUUCUCGGACUAGGGCAUGUGUACACUCGCAUUUGUCCACCACUUUAAUUAAACCGCCGCACCUAGUAGUGGUAGCUGGUAACAACAGGCGACCGGAGCCGCGCUGUUCUAGAGCUGUUAGGUUUUGUAUGAGUGUCCAACC